GCAAGCGCUGCGACUCUUUCCUGUGCUGCGGCUUCAGACCCCGGGUUUUGGCCUUUCUCUGACCCGGCUCCAGCUCCACUUCACUUUUGGGUUCGGGUGGGGCCCGUGUAGUGAUCUCCAUGGCAGCAGACUCCGGUGCGAUCACUAAUGAGGACUCUGAAUCUGGAGAGGAAGAAGGUAAACACGUCAAACCUUUUACACCAGAGAAAGCGAAAGAAAUUAUAAUGUCUUUACAACAACCUGCAAUCUUCUGUAACAUGGUUUUUGAUUGGCCAGCCCAACACUGGACUGCAAAACAUCUUUCUGAGGUCCUUCAGGGCAAGCAGAUACGAUUCAGGAUGGGAGCGAAAAGCACAGAUACAGCUCCUCAGUUUGAAACCACAUGCAGUUACGUAGAAGCUACACUUGAAGAGUUUCUGACCUGGAACUGUGACCGAUCUAGUGUUUCUGGACCAUUUAGAGACUAUGAUCAUUCCAAAUUCUGGGCUUAUGCUGACUAUAAAUAUUUUGUCAGUUUAUUUGAAGACAAGACAGAUAUUUUCCAGGAUGUGAUAUGGUCUGACUUUGGGUUUCCUGGAAGAAAUGGACAGGAAAGUACAUUGUGGAUCGGCUCCAUGGGGGCCCAUACACCCUGUCAUCUGGACUCCUAUGGUUGCAACCUAGUAUUCCAGGUACAAGGAAGGAAAAGAUGGCAUCUCUUUCCUCCUGAAGAUACUCCUUUCCUUUAUCCAACUAGAAUCCCUUAUGAAGAAUCUAGCGUGUUCAGUAAAAUCAAUGUUGUCAAUCCUGAUUUAAAACGUUUUCCUCAAUUUUGGAAGGCUCGAAGACAUAUGGUUACCCUGAGCCCCGGACAGGUUCUGUUUGUCCCCAGACACUGGUGGCAUUAUGUGGAAUCCAUUGAUCCUGUCACUGUCAGUAUAAACUCAUGGAUUGAGCUGGAAGAGGACCACCAAGCCCGGGUAGAAGAGGCAAUCACCCGCAUGCUUGUGUGUGCCCUGAAAACUGCAGAGAAUCCACAUGAUACCAGAGCUUGGUUAAACCCAACUGAGGUUGAGGAAACAUCCCAUGAAGUCAAUUGUCGCUACUUAAAUGGAGCCGUUUCUGCUUUUUUUGAUCAUUAUGGAACAUCUAAGGUAGUAGAAACCCAAGCGCAGAGCACAAACGGAGAGUACGUGAUAAAGGAAGAAUUAAAUAUGCACAACCACGUGGAGGUAGAGCAAACUAGUAACCACAACUUAACCUUGGGAACAGUAAAACAGGAGGCAGCAAGUCCCUUUGGUCCUGAUCUGGUUCCUGUGAUACCAUGUUCCCAAGAACCACCCUCAGAAACAGGAGGCAUGUUUGAAAGUGAUGGUGAAGACUUUGUUGGCAAAAAUGGAAAACGCUUUGGAAAAUUGCAUUAUACCAAGAGACAACGAAUGAUGAGUGAAAGUGAGAAUGCAGUUGUGGAACAAAUUGCUUCAAAUAGUACUGUGGCCCCUUCCCAAACAUUCAUUUCUACAGAUGACUUGCUGGACUGCUUGGUGAAUCCACAGGUAACCAAGAUAGUGGCACAACUUUUGAUUCAAGGAAGAAGUUUGCGACUCUAAUAGAAAAUGACUUUUUCAAUAAUAUUUUAAGAAUAUUUUUAAAAUAAAAGAUGAA